AUCCAAGAUGGUGACGCAUAUUUUAUAGUUCGUCAUAUGCAAAUUGUUUGCUAUGUACAUACGUCAGAAAUGUCAGAAUGGUGAGAGUGUGCUUUAGUAGAAUAAUUACAAUUUGAAUUUCGACUAAUAAUCAAUUAUGUAUACAAUGAUGUCAACGAGAUAUCUUUCUUUUAUAUCUGGGAUAGUAAUUGCUUCAAUAACCUGGGCUUUUAGUUUAUAUAUGUACUCAAAGCUAUCUCAAAAUGCUGAUAUUAUCAAUCCAACAAUGUUAAUGUCAGAGAGUUCAAAAUUAAUGAAAGAAUCGACAUUUGAUCAUAAAAUACAUAAUGAUCGUCAACUUAGACUACAUCACAAUAUGAUUUUUUAUGAUAAUAAAGAAAGUAUGAAUGAUAAAAAUGUCAAUAACUUAAAGGAAUCUAACUUCAAAAACAGUAACAAACUAUUACAACAAUUACAACCCGUACCAGUGAAACCUUCUAUCACCAUAGGACAAGAUUUAGAUGAGUUAGGAAUGGUUAAAAAUUUGGAUGAUCAACGAAAACGAGAAGAAGGAUUCAAAAAUUAUUCUUUUAAUAUUUUGGUAUCAGAUAACAUUGGUUUGCAUAGAGAAUUACCAGAUACAAGACACAAGUUAUGCAACAAGCAACAAUAUUCUAGCAAAUUACCAAAUGCUAGUAUUGUUAUAUGUUUUUACAAUGAACAUUAUAUGACACUUCUAAGAUCUCUACAUUCUAUUAUUGAAAAGACUCCAGCUCAAUUUUUACAUGAAAUUAUCUUAGUAAAUGAUUGGAGUGAUAUGACAGCUUUACAUGAACAAAUUGAUACGUACAUUAAAAAUAAAUUUGAUGGUAAAGUAAAGCUUUUCAAGACUGAAAGGAGAGAAGGAUUAAUCAGAGCAAGAAUGUUUGGUGCAAGAAAAGCAAGUGGAGAAGUUUUAAUUUUCUUGGAUAGCCACAUAGAAGUAAAUAAAAUGUGGAUAGAGCCCCUUCUUUCGCGAAUUGCUCAUUCAAAGACUAUUGUUGCUAUGCCAGUUAUUGACAUUAUCAAUCCAGACACAUUCCAAUAUACUAGUAGUCCUUUGGUAAGAGGUGGAUUCAACUGGGGUUUGCACUUCAAAUGGGAUAAUUUACCAAUUGGCACAUUGAAACAUGAUGAAGAUUUUAUAAAACCUAUCAAAUCACCAACAAUGGCUGGAGGAUUGUUUGCAAUGGAUAGAGAAUACUUUACAACACUAGGAGAAUAUGAUGCAGGCAUGGAAAUCUGGGGUGGUGAAAAUCUGGAAAUAUCAUUUAGAAUUUGGAUGUGUGGUGGAAGCAUUGAACUGAUACCAUGUUCAAGAGUUGGACAUGUAUUUAGAAGGCGUAGACCAUAUGGUGGAGAUGAUAAACACGACACUAUGCUGAGAAACUCACUGCGUGUGGCAUAUGUUUGGUUAGACGAGUAUAAAGAUUACUUCUUAAAGAAUGUUCAAAAAGUUAACUAUGGUGAUGUCACAGAUAGAUUAAGAUUACGGGAGAAAUUGAAAUGCAAAAACUUUGAAUGGUACUUAAAGGAAGUAUAUCCCGAAUUAACAUUACCAGAUGAUGAUAAGAACAAAUUGAAAGAUAAAUGGGCAAGGGUAGAACAGAGACAAAUUCAACCUUGGCAUUCAAGAAAAAGAAAUUACACAGAUGAAUAUCAAAUUAGACUCUCAAAUACAGCAUUAUGUGUUCAGAGUGAAAAAGACAUCAAAACAAAGGGUUCUAAACUUAUUUUAUCAUCAUGCUUGAGAAUUAAAUCACAGAUGUGGUACGAAACAGAUAAAAAGGAAUUAGUACUUGGUCAAAUGCUUUGCAUGGAAGGAGCAGAAAAAAUACCUAAACUCGGAAAAUGUCACGAAAUGGGCGGUGGCCAAGAAUGGCUUCAUAAAAGUACUAUUGGUACACUCUUAUACAACAAGGGAGCUGGUACAUGUUUAGGAGGAUUACAAGCAAUAAAAGGUGCUGCAGUUGUAAUGGAUCUAUGUACUAAACCAAAUAAAACCCUCAUUACAUGGGACCUGAUACAUUCCAAAAUUCCUCUAAAAGAGAUUAGGUAACACAGGAAAAUGAGAUGUAGAGACAGAAGAAAUAGACAUAUAAAUUUGGUUGGUAGAAAAAGACAAAAUGCAUGCAGGAAUUAAAUGCUUAACAUUGUUAAAAAACUCUUGUGAUACAAGGCAGCAGUAUAUUGCAAAAGUAUUUGAUUCUAAGUGUUACCUUUAUACUAUUUUAUAUUUUAAAAAUAAUAUGAACUAUAACGUUAUAAGUGAAAUUCCAAUUAGAAUUUUAUUGCGUAAACAAAUUCGUCUAAUUUUUUUUAUGUUAGUUUAUAUAUUAUUUCGUUAUUCGUUAUAAUUAAUAAUAUACUUGAAUAAUAAAUUUUGUUGUAUAUUUAAAGAAUGAAAGAGUUGAGAACUGUUAAGUUAAUCUGUAAACAUUCAUUUCUCAUGCAUUGCAGUAUUUACUACAAUUAAAAUUUUUUUCUAAGAAUACAGUAUAAAUAAUAAUGUACAAAAUAUAUUUAGUUAUAUAUGUGUUUAUAUUUGUAUAUAUAUACAAAUUCUUUGUACCCAUCUUUUUGUAAAAUAAAUUAAAUGCUUCAUA